AUGGUACAACAUUCUAUACCAGUAUAUCCAAAUGCUUUUAUUAAUACAACAAAUGAUGCAAAGACAGGCUUAACAAUGAAAGAUGCAGCUGAUGUCAGUGUAAAAAAUCGAAAUCAUAUACAACAAACUCAAAAUAUCAGUACCAAUAACUGUAAUAUUGUUUAUGAUUCUAAUACGAUACCUCGUCAAACCUCUUUAUCUCGACUUGAUAUUCGGCGAAAAUCACGACGAUUUUUGCAGACACCACCAUUUAUGUACGGUCUAAAAAAUUGUGGUAAUAGUUGUUAUGUAAAUGCUAUUGUCCAUUGUUUAUGUCAUACAGAACAAAUUAGUGGCUAUAUAUUGAGAAAAACAUAUGAAGUUGAUAUGAAAAAUAUUAAGAAUAUAUUGGACACUAAUUAUUUAUCUUCUUUAUCAGUUAAUCAAUAUACAAACAACUAUAAUAUCAAAUCACAACAACAAUUUAAAAUAACAAAAGCAUUUGUACAUAUUUUUCAAGCUUUAUGGAAUAAUAACAAUAAUUGCACGUCGAAAUUAUCAUAUGAAUUUAAAACUCUGAUAGGAAAUUUAAAUAAACAAUAUUUGGAUAAUGAACAAAAUGAUGCGCAAGAAUUUUUAUUAUGGUUUAUCAAUACAAUUCACGAUGAACUUAAUUUGGCCAAAGUACAAAAUAAAAAUAAGCAAACAAAAAAUUCAUCUUCUGCAGCCAUAUCAUCGUUUAACGAUGAUUUAGCUAAAAAAUCUUGGAAUGAUUAUAUUGAUUUAAAUCAAAGUGUUAUUACCUCCACAUUCUGUGCUCAACUACAUUCGACAUUACGAUGCAAUCAGUGUAAAGAAGAAAGUAAAACAUUUGAACCGUAUCUAUGUGUCUCAUUACCAAUACCCCAAAAAAUUGUUAAAGCCGUCUUUGUUACCGUUGUAUUUCUAAAUCAAUCGCCGAAACAGUUACAAAUUGGUCUAUGUUUACCAAUUACUAACACUGUGAAAGAUGUUCGACAAGCUAUUGCUCAACAUUCCAAUUUAGAACCAAAUGAUCUUGCUCUUGCUGAAAUAAAACCAAAUGGGUUUUCCCAAUUAUUCUUUGAUCCUGAACCAAUGUCUCGUUUAAAUCAAGAUGUUUAUGCUAUUCAAUUUCAAUCACAAACAAUACAACAAUUAUCAAAGAUCGAUAACAGUAUACCAUCACCAUCUCCUGUUCCCGUGAUACAACCUAGUCCAUCACCAAUAAAUACUUCUUAUGUCAAUUUACUUGUGUUAAAUAGAAUACGUUAUAAAAGUGGCCGAGUCAUUCCCUUUGGAGCACCUAUUUCUGUCCAUGUACCUAGAGAAUCAAAUUAUCGCACUUUACAAUUAUCAAUAAUUAAAGCGCAACGUUCAAAUAUUAAAGAUGAAGCAAUGGAAUAUGCACAAAACUUUGUACUGUUUGAACUCUACCUAAUUGAUCAAUAUCAACAAACUCGAGGCAAUGUUAUCACUGAAUAUCCUAUUAGCCAUGGUGUUGAAUGGCCUUUGUAUUUGGAAAAAAUUGUUGAAAUUCUUGAUGCAUCCUCAAUUUCGUUUGCCGGUCCAAGUCAUCUGCAAAUCUACGCCAACUGGGAUGAAAAACACAUUAAUCAAUUUGUAGUAAAAUUUGAUGAUAAACCCGAUAUUCAUAAUUCCGUUCAACAAGCCAAAUUAUUGUUAACACCGUCACCAUCUGCCUCUAUUACAUUAGCGGAUUGUUUUUCUCUGUUUACACAAGAAGAAAUAUUAAACUAUGAUAAUGCAUGGUAUUGUACAAAUUGUAGACGAAAAGAAAAUGGUACAAUAAAACAUCUUAGUAUAUGGACAACACCACCCAUUCUAAUUAUCCAUUUAAAACGUUUUUGUCAAACAAAAUUAUCAAGUUCAAAAAUUACUUAUCCUAUUCAUUUUCCAUUAAUUAAUUUGGAUGUAGGAAAAUUUUUGUCAAAAAAACGUAAACAACCAUUGAUGAACAAUGAAAAUGAUAGUGGUGGCGAAGAAAACGAGGAUCGUAUUAAUGAUGAUGAUGAAACAGAUGAAACAGAUUUGUCUGUAUACGAUUUAUUUGCUGUUUGCAAUCAUCGCGGACAUAUGUCUGGUGGACACUAUACAGCUUAUUGUAAAAAUCCAUGUACAGAUAAAUGGUACUGUUACGAUGAUCAUUUGUGUUAUGAAAUAAGCGAAGAUAAAGUUUGUACACCAGAUGCUUAUAUUUUGUUUUAUCGCCGGCGUAAUGCCGAUUUUCAGCAAACAGAUGAUUAUGAACGUACGGACGAACAAAAUCUGAUAUCACUUUCAACUGAUAAUACAAAAUUGCCCACCGAUGUUGCUGAAGUUCUGCCAUUACAACAAUUAAAGAUUAAUCAGGAUGAUUGUGAUGCAGAAGGAGUAAAACAUCAACAACCAAAAAACUCUUAUCGUCAAAUUGUUUUGGCUGUACCAUCAUCAUCUCUAUCUGAAAGUAGUUAUUUGCUAAAAUCACCAUCUUCAUGUCCGCAAAAGUUUGUCUCAUCCUAUACUGAUCAACAACAACAAAUACAUUCAAAUCAUAACUAUUUAUCAUUGUCAGACACGGAAAAAUCAGAAACUAGAAAAUCAUGUCCAUUGCCACGAUCGUGCAUUUCAUCUCCUACAAACAAUGUACUUUAUCCAUCAAAUAGAAAAAUUGAUACAACAGUUAUCGAAUAUGUUUAUCCUCAAUCAUCGUCUGCUUCUUCAACAGGAGAAUAUUGUCAACGUGAACUCGAUGAAUAUUCACAGCAACAAAAUCAAAAACAUGAACAAAUUGAUCAAAAUACAAAUCCUUGGAGUCGUUAUAAUAGUAGACGAUAUAGCAAUGAAGAUCGUGAAUGCAAUGUUAUUUAUCCAAAACUACAUCAUCCGAUACCAACAAUGCGCACAUUACAUUGA